AGUAUCGUUGUCGCAAGCCCAACGGAGCAGUUGUAUUCGUAACGUGCUGUGCCAACAACUCCAGAUGCCGACCCUAUAAAAAUGGGAAGAUAAAGAGAGAUCACGGACAAGAUACGGGCUGUUGAGCCGCUGCAGCAAGCAACAAGAAGAAGAGAUAUGUGAGCGGCUGUCCCGAGGUUCGCCAACACAGAGUGGUUGCACACGGUACCCACACGGUGACGUGGUACCGACGUCUGAACGAUCCCCGAUUCGUUUGCAGUGUCCUCUCAGUUCUGAUAGCGGUCUGACCUGACGGUGAGCAUCGCACCCGUCAAUUUUUCCCACAAGUGGAUGGUGGAUGUCUGGUGUCUAUUAAUAAUCUGCGCACAGUGAGACAACGUUUACCAGCAAGAAGAAUUGCCAUCAAACAACUUCGAUCAACCAAACACCUCGCGAGAGCUCACAGAUAUUUCCGAAAGUACUGAAAGGUGUCUUCAGCAUCUCCAGCAUCCCCAGCAUCAUCCGUACGAUGUGUGAGCAGGGUUCGGAGUGUAACGCGAAGUAUCAGGAAUGGGAGGCGAACGAGGAAAUUCAAAUUUUCCGCGAAUAUCUGCGCAUCCCAACGGUGCAUCCGAAUGUGAACUACGAUGAUUGUGUCGAGUUUCUGAAGCGUCAGGCGGCAGCGCUCGAUCUUCCGGUGCGCGUGAUCGAGGUUAAUCCACGGAAACCGAUCGUCAUCAUCACGUGGGAGGGUACGGAUCCGCAGGAGAAAUCCAUCAUCCUGAACUCGCACAUGGAUGUGGUGCCGGUGUACGAGUCCCACUGGACGCAUGCACCGUUCGGUGCGGAGAUGGACCACGAAGGACGCAUCUAUGCCCGGGGCGCCCAGGACAUGAAGUGCGUGGGGAUGCAGUUUCUGGCUGCGAUUCGUGCGCUGCGUCGUGAUGGGGUGCGGCUGAAGCGCACCAUCCAUGCGACGUUCGUGCCGGACGAGGAGAUUGGUGGCAAGCUCGGGAUGAUGGAAUGGGUGCACAAGGAAUCGUUCCGGGAGCUGAACGCGGGCUUUUCGAUCGACGAGGGUAUUGCUGGGGAGGGCGAAACCUAUCCGCUGUUCUACGGGGAGCGUAGUGUUUGGCAUGUGUAUUUCAACAUUUCGGGAACUCCGGGACACGGUUCGUUGUUGCUGAAGGAUACGGCAGGCCAGAAGGCACACUACAUCAUCGACAAGCUGAUGCGAUUCCGUGAGAAUGAGGUGCAGCGGUUGGAAAACAAUCCGGAGUUUACGAUCGGUGAUGUGACCACGGUUAACAUCACGAUCAUGAAGGGUGGUGUACAGGAAAACGUGGUACCACCGGAGCUGUCGGUUUGCUUCGACAUUCGUCUGGCGGUCGAUGUAAACCAUCUGGAGUUUGAAAACCAGCUGCUCGACUGGUGCCGUGAAGCGGGCGGCGGUAUUGAGCUCGAGUACGACCAGAAGUGUCCGUACGUAAAGCCGACCAAGCUGGACAGCUCCAACAUCUACUGGGUCGCGUUCAAGGACGCACUGGACGAGAUGGGCCUAAAGGUGCGGCCUCAGAUCUUCCCGGGUGGUACGGACAGCCGGUACAUCCGUGGUAUCGGCAUCCCGGCGAUCGGAUUUUCGCCGAUGAAUCACACCCCGGUGCGGCUCCACGAUCACGACGAGUUUCUGAAAGCGGAAACAUUCCUGGACGGCAUUCGAAUCUAUCGUAAGAUUAUUGCUAACGUAGCGAACGCUUAGGGGGCGCAUAUCACCUGUUUUUCUACGAAAGAUAUUUCAUACAUGCAAUGGAUAAGAAUAAACCAACCUUCAACUCAACUGUAUCCACAAGGCUUUAUACAUCUUA